CAUGAUCUGCACGAAGAUUCGAACACAUUUCAGACUGCUGACGUGCAUAGCAUCGGCGUAUCCGCCACAUCUGGGUGCAGCAUGGCGUACUCAUUCCAUAUGGAUGUCGCACGAACCGGAGAAGCACUAUAUGACGCACACAAACAAGGACACGAACUCGCAUUGGCAGAACUGUGAACUUUGGAGUGUGCUUCUUGCGAGAAGUACCUGCAUAAACAUGCUGCCGUAACAUUCGACGUCCUGAAUGAACAUUGAUCAUCCCCGCCCUACGUCUAUCGAACGUCGCGCGCAUCCACCAGAUUGUAACAUCAAUAGAUGCAGCUCAGUGGGGCGAAUGCAGGUAGGUGAAUGGUUUUGCAGCUAUUGAACGUGGUCAGAAGCGAGGGACGACGAAACUUCGGAGUGUCGAAGGUCCCAGACCGCGUGUCGGACCAGGCAUUGCCACGCCGAGGAACGCAUUGAAGUGCGAGCGGUGCAAAGACGAAGAACAGCAGUUGAGAGCCCUAGCAGAGCCGGAGAAGAGCCAGGGAGGGUGCGAGGCGGGGGCUCUGGCAGCUGUGGCAGGACGAGCACGGUGGCUGCGAGGAGGAGGCGGGCGCC